AGAGAGAGAGAGAGAGCGCACUAAAGACACUAUAUAGUGUAUCAAUGGUCACAAUGGUCAAACGCGCCCCAACACACAGCUGCGUUUUGUUUACAGACCGCUGGUCGCUGAUCUUUGCUUAUGAUCGUGUCAGUGUUUUCAUGGUAUUUUACUGUAUGGCUCAUAGAUUCACAGAAAACACGCGUCUCUACAAUUCCCUCCAACACCUCCGAUAACAAGUCUCAUCUGACCUUUACUCAUACACUAGACACUUCCCCUAGUUUCACUCUGAACUCAAUUUACCUACAUUACUUUUAAAACUUGUGUCAGCUGAGCGUCAUUAGAUCAAAUGUGAAGUAAGUGCAUGGAGUUAGUUUCUUUUUUAAAAGCUCAUGACACCCCGCACCACUUCCCCCCGGGUCUUAAUGGAGCUAGUGAUAGUGAAGGCUGGAUUGCUGAAUUGAAACUCUCCUCCGUCUCCAGGAAGUACGAGCAGCGGUCAUCCGCGUCUUUUACAUCAUUCAAAGUCACCGGCACCCUGUUGGGUUUCCAGCUUCGUUAGAUCGUCGGGAGAAAUCAAAAUUUAUACCCAUACGAAGAAAAUACUAUAGGGUUUAGUUACCGAUUCCAUCUGUAACACGGAGGUCAGUGUGCAUAUGCUAGGUGCCGACUCAUGCCUGUUCAUAGAACGCGCUAGUCAGAGAAUGUUGCCAGAUCCGUUAUUUUUUAAAUAAGCGCGUGCCAGGUUUCGUGAUUAACCCUGACAGAGCUUUAUUAUGCUGCGACGCUGCUUCCAAGCCGCGUUGAGGUUCAUUCCUCAUUGGCCUGCACUGUAUCAGGAUGUUGUUUCUCAGCAGACUGUGGGUAAAAGCCUGGAGAUCUGGCAAACAGCGCACUGGAACACGCGAGGCCUGUCGAUGUCACUGUGGCCCUUCAGUGUAAAGUCGCGGGACUUCAGCCAGCCCAAUGCAUCCUGGAGUGCAGAGAUGCAGGACGUUUAUAAUCGUUAUAAUGCACUGUGUGAAGCCGAAACUGAAGAAAGUGGGAAGACGGGGACUUGGCGCAAGCUGCCCAGUUACAACCGCACUCUCAAAUACGUUAGAGGCGGCGUGUGCCUGAGUAAAAUAAUCCAGUCUAAAUCCAGACUCUUCACAAGAAACAUUAAAGAUCUAGGGGCAGCGUUCGAGUAUGUGGUUUUUUUGAACCAGCAGGAAAAGAGAUGUGUGUGUGUGUUUCAACCUGGACAUUUACUGGAGGGGCCUCCUGGACAUGUGCACGGUGGAGCAAUCGCCACCAUGAUCGAUACAGUGACAGGGACUCUUGCUGGUUACCUGGCUGGGCCUGUUAUGACUGCCAACCUCAAUAUCAACUAUCGCAGUCCAGUACCACUGGGUAGUGUAGUUGUGCUUCACAGUGCUCUGGAUCGUGUCGAAGGCAAGAAAAUCUUUGUAUCCUGUAGAGUGACCAGUACUGAUGAAUCCAAAUUACACACCGAGGCUACAGCUUUAUUCAUAGCAUUCAAAAUGGGAUAUUUGUUUGGAUCUUAAUCCUCAAGCCGAUUAUCAUCCGCUGAAGACACUCUGUGUGUGUGUGUGUGUGUGUGUGUGUGUGUGUGUGUGUGUGUGUGUGUGUGUGUAGAUGUGUGUGGAUGUACAGAACUGUUUACUGUCUUAGACUCAUCAGACUCACCAGUUAUUUGCUCUACCUCUCUUUAUGUAUUCACAACUACUAUGUUUUAUUUAUAAAUUUUUUAAAAUAAACCUUAAUAUUCACCUUCGAGACAUUAUUUUGAUAGGACUUUGAAUGGGUUUAAACAUACCGCAAGUAUUAGCAACAAUAACAUGCAUUAUGUUUUUUAACAUAGUAAAAUGACCACUAACAUCAACUUGAUAACUUGCAAAUAAGAAGGUAUUCAUGUGUGCAUGCAGUUAUAAUAAAACAAAUCUACAGUAUUGUAUUUGAAUAUAUGAAUGAAUAAAUAUGUGGAUUUUUGUGAGUUCAUCUUUUAUUUGCAAUAAAGAUUUUCUGAGCUGUA